UGUCCUGGCCACCAAACAAAUCUCGCGCGCCUCCCCGCCACUCGCCAACACCACCACGCCGAGCCAAGAACCCAGAGGAAUCCGCACCUCGUUCGUGCGAACCCGUGUACACCUACACACAGCGCGGCUAGCUAGCUAGCUGCCAUGAUGGCCCUGCAGGUCGCCGGCGGCGCGGGCUGCGUCCGGCCCCUCCUAGCCCGGGGCCGGCGGGGGGCGUUCCGGCCGCCCCGCGCGGUGGCGUCCGACGCCGCGGCGACGACGGCGAAGGAGGAGGGCGGCAAGGUGACGCUGGGCGGGUCCGGCGUCGCGGUGACCAAGCUGGGCAUCGGCGCCUGGUCAUGGGGCGACACCACCUACUGGAACGAGUUCCAGUGGGACGAUAGGAAACUGAAGGCAGCUAAAGGAGCAUUUGACGCAAGUAUCGAUAGUGGAAUAACGUUCUUUGAUACUGCUGAAGUAUACGGAGCAGGGGUAUCAGGAGCCAUAAAUUCAGAAAGUUUACUAGGAAGAUUCAUCAAGGAAAGGCACCAACAAGAACAGGUCGAAGUGGCCAUCGCAACAAAGUUUGCUGCUCUUCCAUGGAGGCUUGGUCGAGGAAGUGUUAUUUCUGCGCUGAAGGCCUCAUUGGAUCGCCUUGGCGUCUCCUCAGUUGAGCUCUACCAACUUCAUUGGCCAGGAAUAUGGGGCAAUGAAGGUUACCUGGAUGGCCUUGGAGAUGCUUAUGAGCAAGGUCUUGUAAAAGCUGUCGGAGUGUCAAACUACAGCGAGAAACGGCUUCGGGACGCUUACGAGCGCCUCAAGAAGAGGGGCGUUCCCCUCGCGUCAAAUCAAGUAAAUUACAGUCUGAUAUACAGGAAUCCGGAGGAAAAUGGGGUGAAGGCAGCUUGCGAUGAGCUUGGUAUCACUUUGAUUGCAUAUUCCCCGAUAGCCCAAGGUGCUCUGACAGGCAAAUACACACCAGAUAAUCCCCCAAAAGGGCCUCGAGGACGGAUAUACACUCCCGAAUUCCUGACCAAGCUCCAACCGCUCAUUAGCAGGAUCAAGGAGAUUGGAGGGAACUACGGGAAGUCCCCAACCCAGGUGGUUCUGAACUGGCUGGUGUGCCAGGGCAACGUGGUGCCGAUCCCGGGGGCCAAGAACGCGGAGCAGGCUAGGGAGUUCGCCGGCGCGCUCGGGUGGAGCCUGACGGGUGACGAGGUUGAGCAGCUGCGGUCCAUGGCGCGCGAGGUGAAGCCGGUCAUCGGCUUCCCGGUGGAGAAGCUGUAAACGAUCAUGAGUGAGCGUACACUGUAAUCCCAAUGUGAAACAAUUUCAGUCAGUAUAUAUAUACGGUCGCAUCGACCAGAUUACAGUA